ACCACGCCACGCGUGCCUAGCCAGCCCGCCGGCAGCCCCCGCCGCUCCCACCGCCCCCGGGCCCCGAUGGACUGAAUGAAGGCUGCCUACACCGCCUAUCGAUGCCUCACCAAAGACCUAGAAGGCUGCGCCAUGAACCCGGAGCUGACAAUGGAAAGUCUGGGCACUUUGCACGGGCCGGUCGGCGGCGGCAGCGGCGGGGGCGGCGGCGGGGGCGGAGGGGGCGGGGGCGGGGGCCCGGGCCAUGAGCAGGAGCUGCUGGCCAGCCCCAGCCCCCACCACGCGGGCCGCGGCGCUGCUGGCUCGCUGCGUGGCCCGCCGCCGCCGCCAACCGCGCAUCAGGAGCUGGGCACCGCGGCGGCGGCAGCAGCUGCGGCGUCGCGCUCGGCCAUGGUCACCAGUAUGGCCUCAAUCCUGGACGGCAGCGACUACCGGCCCGAGCUCUCCAUCCCGCUGCACCACGCCAUGAGUAUGUCCUGCGACUCGUCCCCGCCAGGCAUGGGCAUGAGCAACACCUACACUACGCUGACUCCGCUCCAGCCGCUGCCACCUAUCUCCACGGUGUCAGACAAGUUCCACCACCCGCACCCUCACCACCACCCUCACCACCACCAUCACCACCACCAUCACCAUCAGCGUCUGUCGGGCAACGUCAGUGGCAGCUUCACCCUCAUGCGCGACGAGCGCGGGCUUCCGUCCAUGAACAACCUUUAUAGCCCUUACAAGGAGAUGCCUAGUAUGAGCCAGAGCCUGUCUCCACUGGCUGCCACCCCGCUGGGCAACGGUCUGGGUGGCCUUCACAACGCUCAGCAGAGCCUGCCCAACUAUGGUCCGCCGGGCCACGACAAAAUGCUCAGCCCCAAUUUCGAGGCGCACCACACUGCCAUGCUGACCCGCGGUGAGCAACACCUGUCCCGAGGCCUGGGCACCCCGCCUGCGGCCAUGAUGUCUCACCUCAAUGGCUUGCACCACCCGGGCCACACUCAGUCCCAUGGGCCAGUGCUGGCUCCUAGCCGAGAGCGGCCCCCUUCGUCCUCCUCGGGUUCGCAGGUGGCUACGUCGGGGCAACUGGAGGAGAUCAACACCAAAGAGGUGGCCCAGCGUAUCACCGCCGAGCUGAAGCGCUACAGCAUCCCACAGGCGAUCUUCGCACAGAGGGUUCUAUGCCGGUCUCAGGGGACUCUCUCCGACCUGCUCCGGAAUCCCAAACCCUGGAGUAAACUCAAAUCUGGCAGGGAGACCUUCCGCAGGAUGUGGAAGUGGCUGCAGGAGCCCGAGUUCCAGCGCAUGUCUGCCUUACGGCUGGCAGCGUGCAAACGUAAAGAGCAAGAACCUAACAAAGACAGGAACAAUUCCCAGAAGAAAUCCCGCCUGGUGUUCACGGACCUCCAACGCCGAACGCUCUUCGCCAUCUUCAAAGAGAACAAACGCCCUUCGAAGGAAAUGCAGAUCACCAUCUCCCAGCAACUUGGCCUGGAGCUGACUACUGUCAGUAACUUCUUCAUGAAUGCCCGGCGCCGCAGCCUGGAGAAAUGGCAAGAUGACCUAAGCACGGGGGGCUCCUCAUCCACCUCCAGCACUUGUACCAAAGCAUGAUUCAAGGACUCUCACCUGGGCACAAGUCACCUCCAAUGAGGACAACAGAUACCAAAAAAAAAAAAAAAAAAAAAAAAGCAAAACAAAGAUAUCACAAAGACAUCAGAGUCUUAGCUGGGGCCCUUCACUGGUGACUUGAAAGCACAAUUCUCUUGAAACUUCUAUUCUAGCUGUAAUCAUAGGCCAGGUGUUCAUUUUGUUUGGUUUUGUUUUAAAUGGCUAUGGAGUCCAAGUGCACGCUGAAAAUUAAUCUCUCUGAACCAGACACUAGCCUCUGAGCAUGCUAGGCAUCCCAGAGAUCCAAAUGGGGCCUUCUUGGAGUGAGUGAAUUACAGCAUGGUGUCAACCAAGCUCAGUAUUGCUGUAAGAGUCAACAGUCCCAUCCAGGCCCAGUCAUCCUCUUGUACUUGUUGCCCAUGAGUAAUAGUGAAAAUUUGGCCUGAAUAAAGACAAACAGUUUAGGAUUCCAAGACACUACGUUAAAAAAAGAAUUUAACAACAAGGAAGACCUCAUUUGCUUCCCAAGUGCUUAGCUUCUUUAUAACACAAUACGCUAAAAUUCUCAGCCAUAACAUUACAAAAAAAAUCAGAAUGGUAAUUAUUGAGCACAAGUUUUAAAUAUGAAAAUCAAUAAAAAUCCAAGGACCUGUUUUUUUCCAACUCAGGCAUCUUUUCACUGGAUAGUUUAGAAAGCUUCAAGUUGAUUUCACUUUACGAUUUUCCUUUCCUUACCUCCUGGAAAUCUUAUGUGGUCUUUUGGAUCCGUCGGGGGAAAAACAAAUCAGUUCACUUGAGCUCAAAGUAUCAAGCACAACGAAGAUAAAAGAGAAAUAAGGAAGGUUCUGGUUUCAAUGCAUCCAGUUUGACAAGGCGGUUAUCAUCUGUCUUCACUGUUGUGAAGUCAUUAGGGAAUCAUUGGGAAUAUGGCUUCAAGCACAUUUUGCAGUUUGUUACAAAUUCUGUUUGUACAUAACGCAGAUGCACACUCAGGAGGCCAACUUAACUGUUAAUAGUACAGGAGCAAAUGCAUCACCUAAAAAGAUCUAGAUUUUUUUAGAUCAUUACCAUGUCCUUGAUAUACUAGCCACCCAGUUCCUCCUAUGUGCAUUAGGGCUACCAUUGGGUUCAUUCUCACUCUUGCUGAUUUGUGUUAUUCCUAGCCCAUCCCAUUAGUUGGGGUGUUUCUAUUGUUUUCUAGAAAGAAACAGUUUAAUAAGCCACAUCCUGUCACCUCUUCCUAACUCUCUUUCAUCCUUGACUCAUCCUCAUAAGACAGUCGACUGAAUCUGGAGAGAACACAGCACACCAAAGAAGCAGAAAAUACUGCAAACCAAAGACAUUUAUUACCUGCCAUUUUCUAGCCUACAAAUACUGUGAUUACUUUUAGAGAUCAGAACACCUCUGUAACUCCGAGUGGCAUUCGGCUCUUGACGUGGGCUCACCAUCUGGCCGAGCAAACCAGCUAUGUCGAUGACAUUCGCCAAGCAUCCAGACAGUGGCUUCACCAUGCCAGCUCUGGUUGUCAUUUUCCCAUAGCGAGUAGAAAAGGGCCCACAGAACUCUGGGAGAUUACAAAGGUCACUAUGUGCAUAUUUACCAGUGAAUGGCCCCAGGUGGGCACCGUGGGGUGUUCAAAGGAAGCCAAACACUGCAAUGAUUCUUUACAGACACUUAAGACUGACUUUUGUAUGAAUUACUUAAUUGAAACCAAAGAAACUUUUUCUGCACCUACUUCUGCAACAAACAGAACUGUCCCAUUAACUGAGUAAAUGAUUCCACCAAUCACUGGAAAUCACCACCAAGGAAAGCACGCUAGAAUCAAAACAAAACAAAACCAAAAAACCAAAAAACACCGAAGACACACUGUGUUCAAACAGACCUCUUGGGACAUUUUUUUUUUGGAAGCAGAUUUGAAAGAAAGGGUUGAGACAAGAAUCAAAAUACAGAAGAGCCUCCGUGGCUGCUGCUUCUUUUGACAACUCACUCGGUAAUCUUAAAGUUGAAGAUUGUCUUUAAUUUGUGCCUAUGCAGUUUUUCAAAAGAACAUGGAACAGAGCAACAGAAACCUCAACAGCUACAAUACCAAAGAUGAGGAUUCUCACACCUUUUGUCUCAGUUCAUUACCUUCUUUUGCCUGGCUAAAAUACUUAAUAGCGCCGUUGGUCUGUACAAAGGUAAUUGAUUUUGUUUCUUUGAGCAACAAAAGGAAAGGGUCAUCUGUUUGAUUUCAUUGCUUCCCUUUAGUUUUGUUCUAUGGCUUUUUAUUUCACAUGGAAUCCCCCAAAGGUUCCAUGAACUCCAAAUUUGAGAUGUUGGGAUACUGAACGAUGUUCCCCUCUCUCUUCAGCAGAGUAUGGGAAAUACUAUUGUCACUUGAAUGUUCCUUACUUAACCCUUAGACUUGGUUGCUUCUAUGUUCAGAGUCUCAUCAUUAGGGAAGGGGAGGGGGAACAAGGGUCAGGGGUAGAAGUCUGGGUGAUAUGUCUUCUCCAGAGCCACAGAACCAAAGAAUUUAUAGAGAAAUUUACAACCUCAUCUUCAUGUGAUUGCCACAUAGUAACAGGGCUUCAUUUGGGGGUGGGGAAACAUGUAAAAAGAAUUGCCAGUUUCUACUUUUCUAUUAGCUUUUUAAAAAAAAUCAGCUGUAAAGUUGCAUUUCUAAAGAAAGAUAUAAAUAUAUAUAUAUAUUAAAUGUAUGAGUACAUAUAUAGACCAACCUGCAUUGGUGACAACCCAAAAUUUUUCCUGUCUAAAUUCAUGCCAUCUUUUUGUCAUAUACUCCAUUCACUGAGUUUCUCAUUUCUCAUGUCAUCUCAGAGUUAAUUUGCCACCAUGCUUGUCUGGCAGUAUUCACAUUCCUAUGUCAAUUUAUGGGAAAGGUUAAGCACUUCUACAUGUAACCUGCUGAUGAAUGGAUUCAUGAUAUAAAUGGGUUUUAUUUGUAUUUAGUCAUCUCUAUUCUAUGCCUCAACCAUGAUAAGCAAGGUUUCUCCACCAGAUUAACUCAGAGCUGCUGCUGCUGCUGCUAGCAAUGGGGGAAUUCAUCUUCUAUCAUUGCCAGGAAUGCUUAGUGCUCCAUUCGCUGUAGAGUAGAGCACCCAGAAAUCUAGUAGAUGCCCUAUCCAUCAGGGUAGUCUAGAUUCUUCUAAGUGAGCAGACCUACUAGGGAAUUCUCAUGGGGAAGUCCAGCUCCUAUUGUAAUAGGUUGAUCAGGUGUCCUCAGGGUAGUAAUUACAAAUUUGUAUUGAAAUCAUAGCUGCCACUGGGGUAGAACAGGGUUCUUGGGGGGAAUGUAGCUCAAUUCUGGAGGAAGGACAUACAGCAGACUGUGAGGAUAGUCCCAGAGUCCUGUCCCUGGAGAGUCACAUCAUUCAUUGUACUAUCUCUUUACUUGCCCAGUGUGGGCUAUCCUGUGUACAGGGCAUCAUUUCUAGACCAGUGUGGGCUGUCCUGUGUACAGGGCAUCAUUUCUAGACCAGUGUGGGCUGUCCUGUGUACAGGACAUCACUUCUAGAGCUGAGAGAAUGUAGCUCUGUGUGACUCUGUAAUCUGUCCUGCCUAGGGAAUGGUUUUCACUUUUCCCUUGUUUCCCUUUGUCCCUUGCUUAUACCAUGGACCCUUGGUCAAAUGACCAAGAGAAAGGCAUAUUUCUUCCAGAAAUCACUCCUAUUGCAUCUUGGCCAGGUAAAUUUUAACUUGGAUAAACACUAAAUGUGUCCUUGUGACUUGUGGCCAAUAGGAAUAGUGGUUCUCCUUGAAUACAGACUGAGGAACCAAGUAUCUUGUUUUGGUUGGUGACAGACACACUAAUUAACAGCAUUUGGGUCUCUACAUCCUUGGAAGAGAAUGGCAUGAAGAAAAAAGGAAAGAAUUUCCUUCCAAGAACUCUUGAUAAAUGUCUCACAUAUCUCAGAUCAUAUCAAAGAGAAUGCUUGCUUUAAAAAGGUUAUUUAUACACACACGUAUAUGUACAUGUGUCUGUGCACAUGUGUGUCAAAAUUUUAAGUAUCAUUUUGCUAUAUAGCUGAAAGAAGAAAAGUACUAUACUGAAAGGUUAUAGAAUUUAAUUCAGUGUUUUUUCCCAAAGCUUUAAAUUUUUUAUUUUAAGUUAAUACUUUCAAAUAAAAUAAUCAUUUGAACUUGGAUAUAGCCUAGAAUCCACAUCCUUAAUCCAAGAAAAGUUCCAGGCUGCCUCCGCCAUCAGCAACAGCUGGACACUAUAAAGUCAUAGUUCAUAACCCAAUUAUACAUUCUUGGGGUGACAGAAAUCCAAAUGCUAAAAACUACUGAGUGAAAGUGUUUUUCUUUAAGCUUUUGCAUAACUAAGCUUUUGUUUUGUUUUGUUUUCAGUGUGAUUUUAAUAAUGGAGAUUCAAUUCCUUCAUUCCCAGAAUUCUUCUAAAAGAGAGCCAAUAUAUUUAUUUUUUAAAGGAUGACAAAAAUAAUAAUAAAAUUUGAUUCCAGUAUUUAAAAAAUUCCCCAUAAUAUUAUAGAGCAUUUAGUUUGUGCCACAUAGUAAUACAGGCUAGUCUGACCUGGAAGAAAGAUCAGAAUUGCAUACCCAGCUCCUGUUUUUCCAAAAGCUCUUGGCAGUUUCUGCUUUGGAAAUCCAAUCUCAUUUCCACUUCAAGCUAAAGCAAAGGAAGUUAAACCAACAGACAGACAGACAGACAGACAGACACACACACAUACACACACACACACACACACACGGCAAGCAGUCAGUUUUUGAGCCAAAUAUUAAUAAUUUAAUUUUAAAUCAUCAGAUACUGUCCAUGUUGUGCAUCCAUGUUUUAGUGCCAGUAAAUUAAAAUUGAGUAGAUUUUUAAACAAAUAGGCACUAUUUGGUAGGUACAGAGAGGAACUGUCCCAUUCUCAAAAAUAUCGAGGGAUGUGUCUGUUAGUUUGAUACUAUCAAAAUAUCAUGGAGAUUCACAUUUGGAGGAAAUGGGUCUUCAGGAGCUUGUCUAAUUGAAAUUUUUCAGAAUCUACCAAGUUCCAAGGUUGUUAAAGAAUAAUAGAGUCUAUUCAAAACUGGGGAAAGUAGAUAGUAGCUGUGGUUAAUGCUGACCAUAUGAUCCAGACACUACAUUGACAACACCUCUUCUAGAUUCCUACCCAAUCAGAGCUGACUGUUUACUGUUCUGUUGAUGCUCUGAUUCAGACUUGCUGGCUUCACCCACUGAGUGGGAAGUGGAAGAAGGGCUUGAGCCUUUCUGAUGGUUAUUUGCAAAACUAGAUAGCUUAGCAGUUCUGUAUGGUUGGCUAACCAGAAAGUCCAGCUGUAAAAUAAGACAAAAUAAAUUUCCACUUAAGAAGAGCAGUACCCCAGGUGGUGACUUGAACUAUAGAUGUCCUAAUUCCUAAUUUCUAUCUACACUUUGUUUCUUUGCAAGGUAGGGGGCAAGUGUAGGUAGUUGAUUGGUCUGUUUUAGAAAGUCCUAAGUACUUAGGAUACAAAAAAAACUAAUUCUUAAAAUAAUAUGAGAUCUCAUAUACAUAGACAGACGCAAAACUUUUCACUAAGGCCCAGGGGUCAUGCGGUGAGUCCACAGGACAUUAAAUACUCAUCAACCUCAGUUACCCAAGUGACUAUCAGUUGUAGGGAAGUGAAAGGUAGAGUCUAGGCUCUACCUCUGUAGGCUUUGAGUUAGGUUGAUUGCUAUAAACCAGUUCAUAAUUUUUUACUGGAGAAAAAUGUAUGUAAGAAAAAAAUAUCACCAUAGGUUUGGUCAUUCCAUGGAAUUCAUCUAUUUGGCUCUAUUUUUAGCAGCAGGUGUUUUACAUAACAUAGAUCUUGGUAGAUAAGUUUGUCUGACACUUAUACAGUCUGCAGGCUUGGAUGUAUACAGAUCUAGAUACAUCUUUCAACAGAGAUCCUCAUGGUUGACUUUACAUUCACAUACAUUGCCCAAAGGUAUCUAGACUGUGUACAUGCAAGUGUGUACAGACAUGCUUAAUGCAUAUAUAUUGUAAUCUGUUACAAUAAAUAAAUUUCAAAUCAUCAUGCAAUAUGUAUGUGAUACUUUAACAAUGUACCUUGUCUUUAUUAUUUAUUGUAAUGCUGAAAACCAAAGUGCAGAAAUGUAAGCAAAAGUAUCCCACAUCAUCAUUCAUCAUUAUACUUGAAAUUACUUUCAUUUGGAUCCAGCCAAGACAAACAACUUACAAUGGAACAUUGAUAUUAUUUAAUUGUUUGUGUUAGAUGUUUGAUGACUUUGGUUGACUAGCUUUAUUCUGAAUCUCUCAUAACUAAAGCUAAAUCCAAAGACCUGAAAAGAACAAAAAGGGUGGGGGGAGCUGGGGGAUGCAGAGUAAAAUGCAAAUCAAUGGGAGAAAGUGGGCUCUGUUUUCCAGGGUUGAAACAAUGGUGGUGUGAUCUUAUGGAGGUUACAUUAGCUGGGGGGGGGGGUAGAAUUCCUCAAGUUUGUCACAUCAAAGUGGUCUUUAAUGUGAUAAACCUUCAGAAAUUAUACAUUGCUGCUUUAUUUUAACUUAGACUAUAGAAAGAAAUGACCCAUUUUGUUCAUCAGAAGGAAAAAAAGACAACACCUCCCCACCCCUCAGAUAUAUUUUAAUGUGUCUCUUUCAAUUGUGACCUAACCAGCUGUUAAUAUAAUUAAUUUAUUUAAAUUAGUUUCUUGUAUACUAGCUUGUAGGGUUUGGGUAAUUAUUUAAUUCUCUUUCCUUAGUUUGAUUUUACUCCGUGUUCUUAUUUAACAAAAAGUAGAGCAAUGAUGCAUCUGAGAUGCAAAACCCUAGCCGCCCUCUCCUCUAGAGGUGUUGACUUCACAAAGUGGUGAACUUCUGUUACAAACGGGGAAGAAACAUAGGUUACAGUGAAAAUGAAAAACAAUCUGGGGGUAUUCCUCCUCUUGGAUUAACUUUAAGGUGGUUUAAUGGUUAUUAAAUUAUUUAAUUUAAGUUCACAGUGCCACCGGGUACCAGGCGAACUUCACCUCUUAAUUACUGGGGCCCUCAGAGCCUUUCUAGCGUAAUUUAUUUAUUUAACUUAUUCGGCAUCUGUGACAGAUGCGCUGUAUAGUUUGUGUUUGUUAUUUAAAACAACAGAGAGCACUGCAGUUUGUUUGCUGUCAGAACAACAGAGCAGAUUUGUGGACAAGCAGUGACUGCUCAGCCUGAUCCUGCUUCAGAACACUCGAGCUGAGAUCCAACAUCACCAGCCCGGAUUUUGGGGCUUCUAUGUGGAAACUGGAAACAUAAAUUAAAAAAAAAAUCAUAAACCAAAAAGAGUGAACCCUUACACUAGCUGCUUCCAAGAAAGAACUCAGUGUGCGUGUAAAGCAACAAAACAAAAAGGGAAAAAAAGCAGAAAAAAAAGGAAAAAAAACGGAAAAACUUUUCUAUUUGUAGUGAGAACCAAAGAAGGCUACCUCACUGACUUUUUCCAUUUGUAAUUUUAAUCGUGUUGAUGACACCAAAGAUACCAAAGAUUCCUUUCUUGUGCGGUCUGCAUUUUGCUUGUGCUCUUUUAUGAUUUGAACUCUUCUUUCUGACAUACGGUAUGUACAGCCACAGCUCAGACACCCCAAAGAAACAAUGAUGUGUGCGAAGGUGGCUGCUGACCUGGAAAGGGAAGUUUUCUGUGUCUCUUGCAUUUGCCUGCUGCCCCCUCCCACAUGUUCAGGAUGCAAGAUGGGAUGCUGCUGUCACUGGAUUCUGUAAAGUUCCAGGUCCAGUUUGGUGCAGAAGACUGCUUGGAGGUGGCCUGCAGGCCUAGCUGUGACCUCUGUUUCCUGGAGCUGUCACAGGUGAAAGUGCCGAGCUACUGCAACUACAGAAAGAAGCGUUGAAUGGGAGGGCUAGAAGGGACCUUAGGACACAUUCAGUCACCACCCCAUCCCCGACUGUGACCAGGCUGAAGUAGUUAUCUAAGCCCCUAACCCCAGAGCUGAAGCCAAUCCUUGCUUCCUGGCUCCAGGUCCUAUAUCCUGCCUAUUCUGUGAUGCUCUGUGGAUUUGGUCUGACAUUGGUCACAUGCUGUCAAGUAGGAAGGUGGUAAUUCUUUAGCAAUGAACAGAAACUGUAGCUUAUGGAUUAAUUCUAAUAGGACUAGUAGCUUAAAGGAUUAAUCAUCAUUUAAGAAUACUCUCCAGGUAUCUACAUCUUACAUUAUGUAUCCAGUAUCAUGCAUGAUCUGUUGCUUAGUAAUAUGGCCAGCCUUGAACUUGGAGGGUUCACUCAGGGGAAGCAUAUUGACCCAAAUAGUAAGAUGGCUUUUGAACCAGACCUUCAAAAUUUUUUAAUAAAUAAGCUUGUAACCAGUGGAAGGAAAAAACUGAAUCUCGACUCAUUGAGCUUAAUUUCUAUGACUAUUCUAAAGUCAGUAUUUAUCAAGCAAGGGAACUUGAUUAUCGUUUCUGGUAGGAUAUUUUAGCUGUACGCUCUUUUGUUUGUUUGUUUUCUUUUUACCUAAGAGUGUUCCUAUUUAUUUUCUAGAUUAAUUCUAUGUACAAGCUAAAAGUAAGCCUUACAUUGUGUGAUGCUGAGAUGUAUUCCUUGUAAGUGAAAACUAUCCCAAUAUCAGAAGAAUGGAUAUACCAGUUUAAAUAAUGGUUAUGUGAAAUUACUAAUGUCCCUUUUCCCUUCUCAAAACUUAAUUAGUCUCCUUUAAGUUUCUUUAGAUUCUAUUAAAUGACUAAGUCACUAUUAAGAUAAUUCACCAAUGUGAUUGGAAUGUUGGCUGGUGACUCCUUUUUAGCUUUUACUCAAGUGGGAUUUAGGCACAUACCAGUUCCUAUUGCUAGUCUACAGAGCUCUUUAUUGAAUACUGUGAUUUUAUGUUUCACAUAAUAGUUAUCACUGAGCUUUUAAAGAGACUAUUAGCUAAAGCUAAGAAGGGAAGAUCAAUUAACUCAUCAGUCCAAUACACCAACAGAGUAUAGCUGAUAGAAGAAUUUAUAACAGAAUUAUAUACUAUGAAACACAGAUCCUUUCUCUCUUUUCCUCCUCCUUCUCCUUCUCCUCCUCCUCCUCCUUCUCCUCCUCUUCCUCCUCCUUUUUUUUUCCCAAACAGUCUUGGCUUUCCUGGAACUCACUCUGCAGACCAGGCUGGCCUCAAAUUCAAAGAUCCUCUUGCCUGUGCCUCCCUAGUGCUGGGACUAAAGGCAAGCGACACCACCACCUAGCUUCUGCUUUUUAAAAGACGGGGUCUUUUGUGGUCCAAGCUAGCCUUAAACUAAUUGUAUAGAUAAGGAUGACUUUGAACGCCCAAUCCUCCUGCCUGUAUGUCCCAUAGUGGUGGGACUACAAUUGUGAGUCACUAUGUCCAGCCAGUUAUCUUCUUUCUGAAGUUUGCAAGCUCCAUCCUGGCAUAUGUGAACAUCCUUUACCAUCUAGAUGGGACUAAAACUUCAUGUCCUCUGUAGACAAGGCAAGCCUGCAAGGCCUUCUUUCCAAGCAGCUGAUCACCAAAUUCCAAUGGGAAAUGAACUUUCUCAGGAUACCUGGGAGACAACAAAUUCACCAAGCAGCAGAGUAGGUCCCUUAAACAACAUCACCUUCCCGGCCUUCCUAUCACUGAGCCCCUAGGAGAGAGAACCCAGAAAGAGCAAUGGCAGCCUGGACACAGAAAACAUCUCAAUUGGCAGACCCCUCUUCAGCAACCCCCCCUCCCCCAGCCUCAUGCUUCACUUGCAAAGUGUGACAUAACCACGGGACGAGUGCCUUGCUUGAACCAAAGCAACGAUUUAGCCAGUCUGGACCUCUCUGUGCUUUUUUAAAUCCUUCCUGUGAAUACCUCAGCUUCAACUGGGCCUCCAUACAGUAAAUUGGUGGGCUUUAUCGUACUGCGGUGCUUUGCAAUGCAACCCUGCAAAGAACAAGAGUUGUACUAAUACCAAAGGUUCUUUCUCUACGUCUCUUCCUUCUGCCUCCCCUCAUUGCCCCCUUUUCUAGUCCCUCACGGUUCCAGAGCUUUAAUAUGAACCUGGGCAUGUUGGCAAUGCAGACCGCGCAAUUCCUUACCGAAUUUUCUCAGAUAUACCUCAUAGAUAAUAGUGUUUAGAGUAAUGUUAUUAUAGCGUAUGUAAUAAAUUAUUCACUGUUUCUUUUGGUAACUGUGAUUUAAAAAAAGAAAAAAGAAAAAAAGCUUUAUACAGUUUAGGUUGUGCUUUUGUAAUAGAUGAAAAUGUGCGCUUAAGAAGAAAAUGUAUGUUCUUUUUAUUUUUCUUCUCCCCCUUUGGAUUUUAUUUAUUCUGGAUUGGGGAAAGUUGCAGAAUGAGCCCAAAGUUUACAGUUUCAUAUUUUGCUGAAGAAACAAUCUGUGUUCAUUUGCUCUGUUGAAAAAAAAUUAUUUUCUACAUUUGUGCUAAUUGUUCUGUGUUAACAGUGUAAUAUUAUAAUUAGCAACUGCCAAUCAGUGCUAUAAUUUUAUGCAUGGAGCUAAAAAUUUAGCAGUGUGAUGCAUUGUGGUCUUAAUAGCAACAUUUUUCAUUUGUACUAGAUCCUCCCCUUUGGUUCAAUGAACAUUAUUUAUGCAUGGGCGUCUAUCAUUUGUUAGCAGUCGUGAACAGUUGUGUAUACAUUAAACUGUGAAAAAUGUACACAGUUUGGCCUCAGACAGUGAUAAUACUGGUUUUCUUGGGAGAUGUAUUACCUUGAAAAUGCUUUUACAUCUGCUGGGAUUUAAAAAUGAGUCAGACUGAAUCGGGUUUGAAUUGUAUAAUGAGAAAAGUCAUCCAAGUUGGAGUUAGCUUACUCGAACCCCAUAAUUUGGGAUCCUCGUGACCCAGAUAUAUCACUAUAUCUGAGAGAGUUGAAAGCGAGCGGUAGAGAGCAACUCACCUCUGCAUUUUUAAUUUCCACUAAAAGGAGUUUUAGUUUUAUGUUCAUGACCUCAGACCUAUUGGGUCAUCUAUACAACAAUGCUAAUUCAUCUAGGUCUCUCUUUCCUGGAUUUUCCCAUGGGGGCCAGCUUCUUCUAGGCUUCUGUUGUCAGUCUCCAGUUGAAAUGCAUGUAGCGCUGAUAUCAGUAACUCAUCUCUGGCCUUUUGGAACACUCUCACAGAUGACCUCACCAGUUAUUUGGGUGAAAAUAUAUGGUCAUUCCCCAAACAUUCAUUCAUGUGGCCCUGUAGUACUUUUCUUCCUUAGAGUCAGAAAUGACUCUAGAUUCCUUUUUACAAAGUUAUACCUAUAUUUUAAAGGGGAGUAUAAGAAUUUUAAGAACCGAUUGAGGAAAACCAUCUUGGUUUGAAUUCCCCAGCCUUGGAGUUCUCUCUAUCUCAACAAGUAUUUUCUGUCCCACUGGAUUGGGCAGACAUAUUCUUAUAUUUGGGUUCUGAGAUCCAUUCUUGAGUUUCACACCUAUUUCCUACACUAGCAUGCCCCCAUAAAGCCAAAGCAACUGCCAAGAUCUGCAGUUCUGCAGAAGAGAAUGAAGAUGAGGAAACAAUGGUGGGGACACAGCAGUCUGCCGUGUAGAGUACUGGAAAUCAACAACAGACAGCAGAGCGUUGCAUGUGUGUCUGUCAGUGAGUAUGUUAGAGAUGCUCUUUCAUUAAUGAUGCAAAGGAACGGCCUUACAAGUAGGUUGUGAUAAUGAAAGCUUUGUAAUGUAGUCUUUUUGUUUGUUUGUUUGUUUCCUUUCACUAAUCUGCCAAAGAUGGAAAUGGACACAAGAACUUUAAAAUCUGCUUUUGUAAGUCAGUUGUUGAUUGUAAUAGUGUUUAAUCUUCCGGAAAGCUUUACAUAUUCUUCUGCAAUAAGUCAAGUCACUCUUUGUUUCCAUAAGCUCUCUGCACACUCACAAGCCUGCACACUGUUCCUCAUGAUGCACAUGUUAUAGUAUCUACAACGUUCUAAUGCAUUUUUGAUCCAAAGCAGACAAGGGGUGUGUGAGACGCAAGCAUGCCUGGCCUUCUUUACUACAAGCAACACAGGGUCUGGCUCAUUAGAAUUUGCCAAGAAGACUUGUCUUAUGAAAUUUGAGGUAUAUUUUGUUAUGCUGUUUUAUUUCCUUUUUUUUUUAAACUGUGGAAAGUGAUACGUUGGAUCAAGUGUAAGCUGAGUUUUCCAGACAACUGAAGUAGCUACAUUGUGAAUGUUAUUUUGUUAUUAAAGGGUUUUUACUCAAUCUUUGUGCCAAUGAAUGUCCUUUUCCUUGGAAACACAAGAACCACAGAAUUACCUCUACUUGGCCUGGAUUUUCCUCCUGUGAAAGUGUGUGGAACUGGCCUGGGAAAUAAAUACUAAUGCCUGGCCUUAGAAGGUAGGUUUGGAGCCCUAGGGAGAGAUCUCCAUGUCUAUCAGCUUUCAAGAGGCCUGGGCCCAAAAUUUCCAGCCUCAGUCUCUCAGGACCCCGCCACCUCUCUCAGAACUCAUGAGUAUACCCCGGCAGGCAUAAAGGCAGAUCCCAGUUCAUACAGGAAAGGGAAGGGAGGGAACUUGGUGAUCUUGCAUUUUCGGUGAGCCAUUAAAUAGCCACCCACCCCAGGCUCCACCCAGGGGAAGCCUGGGCCUUCACUGAAGGACUUUCUUCCAUCUCGACUCGGGCAAGGGAUUCUGCUAUUCACUCAAGCCAGGAGGGGCCUCGUGCUAUCCGUAGACUUCCCAGCCACCCUCUGCAUACCGCUUAUCACAUCUAUCGUUUUUUUGAGGCAAUUCCUUAAGAAUCAAAGGUAUCAUUUUCAAGUGAUGGUAGCUUCACAAUUCUUAGAUCUGAAAGUGUGCAAGUGAGAAAAAGAGAUUCUUUGUCGUCUUGUAGUAUCUCAGAGGGACCAGGCAGGUUACUCAUACUGUGGACUGUGUUUAGGAGUUAGUUGAACCACAACUACAGAGUCUACCAAAAAAUCCGGCCCACCGAUGACUAUGUUAUUUCUGCUUGAAAGACCUUUGCAAAAUGGUUGUAAAACUUGGGUUACUCUUCUGUUUCCCUUACUUUGACUACAUUUGACAUUUAGCUUGACUCAGUUUACUACCUAGGUUCUUUUUCAGAUAAGGUCAGGGAGUCUGUGAUCUGAGGGGAAUAAGCACAGGCUACCUAGCUAACAGAUAGUCACAUAAUUAGAAAAGUUCCUGAAAGGUAAAAUACAACCCCCCCACUUUUUUUUUGCUGUGUUUUUGUGUCAUACAAGCCCAAACAAUGUGAGCCAGUAGCCUGUCAUGAAAGGUUAUAAGACAUCUGACUCAUUGGAUUUCCCAGAACAAGAACACAAGCUUUAGGCUUAAGAAGUUUGGAGCUGAGGUGGUGCCACACCUGAGGUGGUACCACAGCAUCUUAUUAGGUUCCUAUUAAUCCCCCUGUCCAAUCAACAAAUCUUUUUUUCCCCCUCAGUCCCCCAAACAGUUCAGUGUCUUCUCUACAAACCCGUGAUAUCAUAGAAUUGCAUGAACCAGGGGACUCAGGUACUGGCCAAUAUCCUAGUUAGUUCUGGGCUGCAUUUUCUCAAAGAAAGUGCUUCAGUAUGGUUACAAAGAAUGAGCCAGGCCUCCCUGCCCCCUUUGGUUCUACCAGGCCAGUGCUUUUUUAGCAUAGAUCCUUAGAAUUGUUCUGUUCUUGCUCAGUGAAUUCUUACUGCUCCCACCAAAGAGAAGUAAAAACAAGUUCCAAUAUAUUUUCUUUUAUCCAGUUUUGUUCUCAUGAUCCAACUCCUCGGUCCCCAGUAUGUUUACUCUUGGUUUAAAAAAACACUAUUUAAUUUCACAUGCUGUCCCUGUGUGCCCUUAGUCCUUCCUUCUAGUCUUUUGGUUGCUUUAUGAUGCCAUUUAAAGGUGACUGUCGUGAAAGAAAAGAGAGGGGUAAAGAAUUAGCCCCACCUCUUUUUAAAGUUUGGAAAUGGAGGAGAUCUAUGAUGUCACAAGGGUGUGGCUAUGGAGGAGGGGUGUGGCUGUGGAGUAGGGACCUCCUUGAUAGAGUCCUGGCUCUGUUUCCUGCCCUGGGUGGCCAUUCCAGGACUCUAACCCUUUAGGGGAAACCCAACUCCUUGUCAUGGAUCUUCAGCUAGACUCAGAGAGGCCAAGAGACUCCAGUCAUGUACAAAACCAUUAUCUCCAGGAAACUAGAGGAGGGAAACUUUAUUUUAAUCUACCUCCUUUAAGUCCCUUUAAUCAAGCCCUCUUGUGUUGAAAACCAUGAAAACAUAGUCCCUCCUAUUUUGAAACAAAGUUCCAGUGCCCAUCACAGUCUUCUUUCCUCCCUGAGUUGUGUUUCCAGGCCACACAGUAAGACACAAUGGGCUGAAAGAUUUUCCAGGGAUGGUCAGCAGGGUAUAUCUAUUCAGUGGCUGCCCUGAAAUCCUGGUGAGAGUGAGGAGCAUGCUUCGUUAUUGAGAAUGAGUAUUCAUUAUAUUCAUCAUAUGCUCAGCCCUCCAUAAGUCCCCAGUACUUUAUUUUUUGGAAGACAGAUUUCUUUGAAUGUUGAUUGCAUUUUCAAAACGGCUCAUUUCCCACCCUGAUGUAUGGGUCUGCAACACUGCUUACACUGGAUUAUUUCCAUUUUUAUUCCUAUCAUGAAAUGGUAGUGCUGUAAAUUCUACAAUUAAUGUCAAAUAAACUGCUUUAAUUCAUUGA